AUGGAGAGUGGUUGGAGCUGGGAGCAAAAGACAUUGAUUACUGAGCUACUCCAAGGGAUGGAACUAACAAAACAAUUAAGGGCUCAUUUGAAUGCAACAUCAUCGGUUGAAACUAGGGACAUGUUAGUACGGAGGAUCCUAUCUUCUUAUGAGAAGGCUCUCUUGAUUCUCAACUGGGGUGGAUCAAUGGGACAGCCACAAAAUGUUGGAGUCUCUGCUGGUGUUCCAGAGUCCCCCAUAUCCAUCAAUGGAAGCCCUCGAAGCGAUGAUUUUGAUGGGAAUGUUAAGGAUAAUCAGGGUUAUAAUGAGGCCUCAAAGAAGAGAAAGACCACUCCCAGAUGGACAGAUCAGGUCAGAGUCAGUCCUGAGAACGGACUAGAGGGUCCUCAUGAUGAUGGCUAUAGCUGGAGAAAAUAUGGGCAAAAAGAUAUCCUAGGAGCAAAAUAUCCCAGAAGCUAUUACAGGUGCACCUACAGAAAUACUCAGAACUGCUGGGCUACAAAGCAAGUGCAGAGAUCUGAUGAAGAUCCCACCAUUUUUGAGAUCACAUACCGAGGAACGCACACCUGCGCUCUUGGAAACCAAUCAGUUCCAUCACCAUCGUCCCCAGAAAAACAAGAGAAGAAACAAAGGAUAACAAAUAACAACUAUCAACAACAACAGCAAUCACAGCAAGCCCUCUUUAACUUCCAAAAUAGCCUAAGGGUUAAUACUGAGGACUUGGACAAUAAAGAGAUGGCCUCUCCCUUCUCUUUUCCUUCUACAUAUGGAUGCACAAAGAGCUUGAGCAGUUAUUCUCCAUCGUUUAUAUCUCCAGCCACACCCGAAGCAACUCACUACUCAGUUUCACCAUUCCAGAUGAACAAUUUUGUAGGAGUUCAAAAUUUGCAACAUUUGGAAUCGGAUUUCAAUGACAUAAUUUCAGCCAACACGUCAGCCACCAACUCUCCGAUUGUGGAUUUGGAUUUCUCACUUGAUCAAGUGGAAUUGGAUCCCAACUUUCCAUUUGACACACCAGGAUUUUUCUCAUAA